UUGGAUAUCUCUGGUCGCGGCAGUCUCUAUAAGUCGGUCUUGGUUCUCAGUUCUGUGUUCACAAUGUCGCUUCGAAAUGGCCUGUUUUUCGGUAUAUUCCUCUAUACAAUUUUAAGUGUAGCCGUGAAAGGAGAGUUUUACUCAUCGGUGGAUAGUAUGCAGGAUUUAUCCCAAGUGGAACAGGAGCUCCUAAAUGCCACGCGUUCGUACUUGGAGACCCAGCAAAACCAGCUCAACUUUUAUCGCAGAUAUGUGGAGCAGAUAAAACGGGAACAUGAGUGGGCCAUGGGACAAUUAAAACUGGAUGACUAUCUGGGUCAUCCUUUACACGCAUUUAGAUUGAUCAAGCGAUUGGUUCAGGAUUGGGAUGCGCUGGUCUUUGAAUCCAUACUGGAAAACAAACCCAGAGAAGAUUUCCGUGAAUUUGUGGAGGUUUUGGGCAGGGAUUUGGGCUAUCCCGAUCAAACGGAGCUUCAGGGAGCCAUCAAAGGCUUAGCCCGUCUACAGAAAGUCUAUAAUCUCACGACCUCCGAUUUGGCCGAUGGUGUUAUAAAUGGUAUCGGCUAUGACUCUGAGUUGCAUUGGCGUGAGUGUUAUGAAAUAGGCGUACAACUCUUUGAUCUCGGGGAUUACGAGAGAUCCCUCGAGUGGCUACAGGUGGCGUUCGUCCUUCUGCGAAAUAGUCCCCUAGAGGAGAAGGAUGAGAAUAAGUACUUGUCUGAUAUCAGGGAAUAUGCAGCCAUGGCCAACUUUGAGUUGGGUAAUCCCAAGAGAGGCGCAAGACUUUUGAAUCAGAUCCUCGAGCCGGAACCCAAACAUUCCGCGGAGCAAACUCGGAAAUAUCUGGAGAGCAGGGAGCCAGGAAAGAAUAUUCAAGAGAAGAAUCCCUCUUGGUUUUCUAAUUAUACAAGACUUUGCCAGGGAAGAAGAUUACCUGAGGAAUCGAGUGGAAAUCCCCUGAAAUGCUAUCUAGAUGGAAAGCGCCACGCCUACUUUAUCUUGGCUCCCCUGCAAGUGGAACCCGUUCACUUGGAUCCCGAGAUAAACAUCUAUCACGGAAUGCUGAGCUCCCAACAGAUCCUAUCCGUCUUUAUAGAGGCAGACAAGGAGGAGAUGGUUCGAUCCGCCGUCGCAGGAGAAGGUGGAAAGCGCACUGUGCGGGAUCUGCGGGUCAGUCAGCAAACUUGGCUGGAUUACAAGGCCCCGGUAAUGAAGUACAUAAGCCAUGUUAUCCAGUUCGUAUCCGGAUUCGAUAUAGCCGGGGCGGAAUUCAUGCAGGUGGCCAACUAUGGAGUUGGUGGCCAGUACGAACCGCAUCCGGAUUACUUUGAGGUCAAUCUGCCCACGCAAUUCAAGGGAGAUCGCAUCUCCACCAGCAUGUUUUAUCUCUCUGAUGUAGAACAAGGUGGUUAUACGGUAUUUACCAAGCUGAAUGUCUUCCUGCCUCCUGUGAAAGGAGCCUUGGUUAUGUGGCACAAUCUUCAUCGAUCUCUGGAUGUGGAUGUGCGCACUCUGCACGCCGGCUGCCCAGUUAUCGUGGGUUCCAAAAGGAUUGGAAACAUCUGGAUGCACUCGGGCUACCAGGAAUUCCGGCGACCCUGCAACCUUACCUCAGAUAGCUACAAAUCCGUUGCCUAUCGGGAUUGAGUGUAAUUCGUACUUUUAAUAAAUUAAUAUCUUA